UAACGCAAUCUUUCGUACGGUUAACACCAAUAUUAUUUGUAUUUUUGGAAGUCGUUUUACAUUUUCUCAACAAUGUUUUUAAAAGUUUUUAUGAAAGGCACAGACAAGUCGCGACGGGCUCCGCUUAUAAGGCUCGAAACUGACGAUAAAGUACACCAUUUAAAAUCGGAAUUAGAAAAACACGCGAAAAUACCCGUCCAUAGCCAGAAUAUCGUUUUCCUUGAUAAAAUUUUAAGUGAUGAGGACCGCCUGACGCACGUUUUUCGCGAAUGCGAAACCUUUGGGACGAUUUCCAACGAAAUAGAUGCUCACGAAGCGGAUAUCAUGGCAUUCUACAAGGACGAUCUAGUCUGCCGUAUGAGAUUUCUUGAGGACUUGGGAUGCGGCUCACCCCGCUCAUCGUGCAUCAUGGACCAGGACUUGGAGUGGCCCGCGGAGCUCCAUUCCCAGAUCCACGGCUUGGUUAGGGGCUGCUCAUCCAACGAGAGUUCCAUGCAGGAAUCUAGUACAAGUACUUCGAGUGCCAGCUCUAGCAUGGGUGGUACCACCACCUCAAUGACAAUCCAGAAGUCAGGCGCCGCCUGUUGUCCUUCUGAUGAGGAUGACCAUGAAGACCACGACCCAUGCCUAGUAAGAUGCUGCAACGAAGGGGAUGAUGACCGUCCGCCAUAUGCCAGAGUUAUGCCUGAGGAUCGCCGUUUUGGAGUCGUCAUAACUAACGAUGAUGACCCUUGCGAUUGCCAAUUCGCGUGCAUCCUUAUUUUUCUUGUUGAACAGUUCCAGGGGUCGGCGGAAGCUGGAUCCUUGAGCUUCAGUCAGUGCACCUCGGCAGUUACCUUUGACUGCGCAUUGCUAAUCGUGUGCGAGGACACCGAGACAAGCGACUGGAUACUCAGAAUGACCAGACCCAUGUGCCCACCCUAUAAGUGCACUACAUUCAUCAAGCAUUUCGAGCUGGUGCGGUGCUCCUUCGUUAUUCCGAUGGUGGUCAAGCGAGAGCUGUGCAGGAUCUUCAACGUCAUGGAGAAGCAGAAUUGCGGUCUGGACACAAGCAAGUGGUGCGUCAUGAGCAAGACCCUUUUGGACAAGUGCUCGGAGGAAUACCCAACUAAGGUCAUCUACGACGAGGCUCCCAAUUGGGAGAUCAUCGCAUAUAUCGACCAAGAGAGCGUCGAUUACAUCAACAAGCACUGCUACAAGUUGAAGUUUAUGAUGUGGCACUUGCCUUUCGACUUCUGCCAGACCAAUGUGUGCCAUUAAAUUGUCAGUAACUACCCGGACCAGGAUAACAAAUCAAAAUUUUCUGUAACACCUUUAGACAACUGCUGGACUCUAAAUUUAAAGUUUCUUUCGUAGUAAGCAUAAACCAGAAAAAGUA